AUAGCUCACUAAAGUACUUAACAGGUUUGUGCAUGUCAGCUGUCUACACAGUUCAGUUUUAAUUUGACGCAUUACUCAUGAGGACUGGCUGAUGGGCUCAUUUUUAAAGAAGUGGCAGAAAGGAACAAACCAACUGUUUUAUUUUGGGACAAACAUUAUGCGUUGCAAACGCAAAACUGCUAUUACAAAAUAAGGUUUAUACCAUUUGCAAUUCGAACUGGUGGAUUUCUGCAAUCCAUCCCAGUUCGGGCUCCUUAACUGCUGGGCUAGAAGGACUCCAUAAAAGCUCUAAUAUAAAAAUGCCAGUUUAUCGCAGUGCAGAAGUAUUGGCAUGCAGUUAACCAAUUUUUCAAACUGGAAUCUACGCCUCAAGGAACGACGCUGUCCGUUUUUUGCUGAACUGUAGGAACCAUUCUUGCAUUCGCACGUCUGUAAUGAAGUUCUCUUCUCCGAGUUGUGAUGGAUCAGCUAUGCCAACAUAUUCUCCUUGGACAGUUUAAACUAUCUGUGUGCAAUUAGCAGCUGUUCGCCCUUUUUCCUACUGCUUAUAUCUAAUUUCUCCGCAUCACAACAUCCCAUCGCUCUCAUCAUCCAAUUUCUUACUCCCCCUCCCAUCCUAUCCCACCUCAGUCAUCCCAGCAUUUCUUUCCAGCUUCAUCCUUCCCCCGCUAUCUUGGCGAGCGCUGUCCAGGGGUUUCAGUGCUGAAGACGCCAUCCUUCGCCAUGGCGUGGCCGUGCAUUAGCAGAGUCUGCUGCCUGGCUCGGUUUUGGAACCAGUUCGACAAGUCGGACCUGUCUGUGCCACUAACUGUUCCUAACUAUUCAGAAAUCGACGGGCCCGAAGAAACGCAUGGAGAAUCGCCGAGAUCUACUGGACACCGACUGCCGAGUUUAGCAGAGCACGGGGGUUCCAGGAACGGUCAAACGGGCAUCUCCCCAGAGAAUAUUGGUAGUGGUACCCAACAUAAAGGAGGAAAUGAGACCAGCAAACGUCGAUCCCGGCCCCGACCGCCACCACAGACUCUAGUCUCUUCCUUUCCUAAUGAAACCCAGUACCAGCAGGACUUUCAGGCAUGGCCUCUGCCCAAGAAGGAGACCUUCCAAUUGAGUGGCUGUGACAGAAGGAAAGAGGGUGCAGUGUCGUCCCCUUCUCCACCGGGUGGUAUCAGCCAGACACCUCUCCUCCAGCUACCCCCAGAGACAGGACUGGGAGUAUGGAAGGGCCCUAGCACCAGCAGAGAUCGUGUCCCUAUAGACACGAUGAAAACCACGACAUCCUACAGAGAUGAAUUCCAGCCAAGGAGUAGUGUGAAACCUUCUAAACCUAGUAAGGCCAAACAAGCAUAUCCAUUUCCAGAAGGCACUGCCCCUCUAGAGACCAGCUACAUGGCAGACUUCAGGGGAGAUGGAUUGAAAAGGACAGGGCUUCUGAAGUCAUCUGGCAAGAAACCACAAGACCACAUAUUUAUGAGCCAUGAUUCCAGAAACAUGACAAGCAGAGCCCUUAAAAAUGACCCAUUGGUGAAGUCCCAGUAUAUACCAAAUCCCUCUGCAGUGUUUCAAACCAGUUCCUCAGUCCUGAAUGUAUAAACUCUUAGCAUCAAAAGAGCUGCAGUCACCCAAGACUUUUGAGACAGCUGUGAUUCUAUUUUCAUAAAGUAAAUACUAUGCAAGAGAGUGCAUAUUUUUAAGAGGACACUAUUUCUAUAUAUUGGUAAGUAUUGCCAGAAUAGAGGACUAACAAAAUGAAAACAGAAGUUUAUGAACUUUAAACAAAUUAUACUGUCAAAGAAUAUAUAAAGCAAAACACCAUUUUAUUUAGUGGUUGUGCAAAACUCCCAAGAGUUACACAAAUAGCAUUUCUCAUGUCAAGAGUACCUAGGAUUUUUAUUAUUGUUGUUAUUCUUAGUGUUUUUCUCUGUAUACAAGCAUGACUCUCCGAUGGCACAUCUUUAGGUCGUUUUGUAAAAUAAAAUAUUCCAUAUAUUUUAAAUUCAUUUUCAGGCAAGAUGCUCUUUCAAAUGUGUAUUUUGCUAAGUGUUAAAAUAAUAUGGCAUGUAAUAAGGUACAGAACUGUCUGCCUAGUGAAAGCCUGAAAUACAAUUAGCUUAAUGAACACUUUCUGUUUCAGUAUUCCAAGCAAAUGGAAAUUGUCACGCUUCUGCAGUUUCUGUAGAGACUGAUCUAUUUUCAUCUGUAGUAUCUAAACAACAUUAUGUUCAAACAUUACUGUGUAAUUCCUCCUUUAAAACUAAUCUUUCAAGAUGUAAAAAACUACUUUAGCACUAUAGGCAACUAAUUUGACAAAAUAUUUUAUUACUUUUCUGCAUUUAUUGCCUGCUUUUCUUUAUUACAUAAGAUGUUUGCUUGAUGACAGUUUACUCGGAUUUGGGGCUGUCUGUGGAUUUCCUUCUCUUCUUGUUACCUAUGUUGUCAUUAUACAAAUGAAUACAGUGUCACAAAGGACUGAGGUAUUAUGCGGGUGUAAAAAUGCACAUAUAUUUUAGACUAUAGCUUGAAUGGGAAACGGAGACUUAACAGUAAACAUAAGACCUUAGACUUGUAAAUAUUCCUGAAGCUUGUCUUAGUGGUGUUAGAACAUUAGCAAACAUAUCACCCUGCUUAGCAUUUUAUUAAUAACUGGUAUGAACUAUGCAGUUCCUGAGUCAAGAUAUAUGUGAAGACCUUCGGCAUAUUACAGAUGACAAAGAACCAGGAAUUGCCAUCCUGUUUGCUGAAUAGGUGACAUUUGUUUUCCUACCCUUGUUUACCAUCCUCUUUGAUGUGUCAUCACAUUGUGCCACUCUUUGUAGAACAAGUAUUUGUUAUAUAGUCAUUCAUAUGCCAACAGAUAUUAUCAUAGAUGGCCUGCCAGAUGCUUCCAUCAAUGCCAAAGGGAGAGUAUCCUGUAACAGUAGUAACUGCCCUGUCACUUAGUUCAUCUAAACUUCUGCAUAAAUCACAAUGAGCAGUAUGUCAAACUCACCUUUUCAUCAAGUAUCAUAAGACUUUUGGACAUUAUUCUUAUCACAUUUUUUUCCUAAUCUGUAAAAUUAUUUAUAUUUCUAAACUCAGUUCAACAUCAUGAGUUUCAGCCCAAUGUUAUAUCGUUACAGUUUAAGUUAUGUUUUAUAGAAGCAACAUUUUGUUCUGUUAUUUUUCUCCAGUGUGAAUCUUGAAAAAUAAUGCACUUAUUUUAAUAGUAAAGGAAACAGAAAGGAUAACAUAUGCUGCAAGUUACAAAUAUGCAAAAAGCAGAACUGUUUUAAAGUACAGUUUUUAUCACAAGGUGAGGGUAUUGUCUGCAUGAACAAAUUACAAUUACUGUCCAAAACAGCAGGAACCAAGCUAGUGGCAAAAGUAGUAUAAUAAGGGUGUCAUGGCUAGAGCUCCAUGAUUAUGCUUCAAAAGAUAAACCUGUAACUUGGUACUGUAGAAAAAGACCCAACCAUAACAGUGGUUUCACAGGAGUGUAACAAAAGAUAAACCUGUUACAUACUACUAUAGAACAAGCCAAGACCAUAACAAUGGUUUCAAAGGUGUGUAACAAAAGAUAAACCUGUUAAAUGCUACUGUAGAGCAAGACUCGACCAUAACAAUGGUUUCAAAGGUGUGUAACAAAAUAUAAAUCUGAUAUGUGCUACAAUAGAGCAAGACCUGACCAUAACAAUGGCUUCAAAGGUGUGUAACAACUGUUACUCACCUCCAAGUGCUUUUACAGGAAAAGGUGCUACAUAAGUAGAUAAAACGCCAUAUACUACAAAGAGUAAUUACUGGGUUAAAUUUCUUGACAUUCAUGUCUUGAAAACAUAAUGACAUGGUUACAAUCAGAGACCCACUUGUAACCCUGUAUAUUACAUAUAUUUAUCCUAAUAGAAAAAUGAUAAAGGGGUAUAAAAAUAUAUACAUUCACUAGUACUGGUGGCAUGGAAAACCCGUUCCUUGACAAUAAUCACUGAAACUACGUGCUAAUCCCUUACGAUAUGAGGGGAAGGAGAGUGUGCACUGUGAUGAAACAAAAUGAAAAACUAAACUUGAUUUCAAAGUAUGUCUGUUAAUUGUAACAUAACUUCCAAGUAACAUAUCUCCUGUCUUUGUCAGGGAUUUGCAUACACAAUGUAAAUAUAUAUUUAGCUGUACUAGUUCUGUUACUUUUGCUGAUGGAGUGCCUUUAUGGAAGAAUGCCUGGGCUUGGUAGUACAGUAAGAAUAUUGAUUACUUAAAGACGUAAUUGUGAAGGUGGUGAUCACUGUUAAUGUGAUACCUUGAUCCUGUAUGCAAAAAUGGAACAAUGGAGGUAGAUGCUGAUGCCGAUAAUGGUGACUAGAGAGACCAGCUAGAGUGAGUAAUGUGGAAAUUGCAAGGACAGAAGAGUCCCAAAAGUAAGUACAGUUAGAGUUCAUCUUGCAGAGAUGGACCAGAAAUGCUGGUUCUGGGUUUUGAGAGUUAUUUUCUCAAUGAUUGUAUGGGAUUUCCACAUAAGAACAAAUAAGGAAAGCAAAUGAUGUCUACAUACAAAUAUUUACUUUUUAUGGACACAUAACCUAUACUAAAGAGUAAAAAUAUUACACACUGAAAUUUAAUGUUCUAUGAUAAAUGUGACUUUUGUCUUGUAUGUUUCUGCUUACUUCAACAGCAUUUUAGAGAAUUUUGCAUAAAAUUUAAAUGUA